AUGGCACGGGCAGCAGCAGCAUGCAUCUUCACUGUGCAUUUUCUAUCCUGCAUUAUAGUGUGCCGACAAGAUAGCAGCAGCAACCGUUCCCGCGAGCAGAACUCAGUGUCUGAAUCAUCAAGGCGGUUCAGGACGGAAUUUCUCGAGGACUGGCCCCAGACGCCGAGCUCUCCGUACUUCGACCCAAGUACUCCGGACAAUGUGACCGGAUUAGUCGGACAUCCGGUGACCCUCCUCUGCAAAGUGAAGAACCUUCAGAAUCGUACUGUAUCAUGGGUUCGUCACCGCGACAUCCACCUGCUAACAGUGGGACGGUACACGUACACGUCUGAUCAGCGGUUCGAGGCGCAACACAAGCCGCGCUCCGAGGAGUGGGCACUGCGCAUACGCAGCCCGCAGAGGCGCGACUCUGGCCAGUACGAAUGCCAGAUAUCCACCACGCCACCUAUAGGACACGCCGUAUACCUUAGCAUUGUUGAACCAGAAACUGAGAUAAUGGGAGGUCCUGAUUUAUUUAUCUACGCGGGAUCAACCAUUAACCUUACGUGCAUAGUGAGGCAUACACCAGAACCACCAAACACUAUCAACUGGAGCCAUAGAGGAAAGACAAUAAACUUCGAUUCAACGCGAGGCGGUAUAUCAUUAGUGACAGAGAAGGGAAUCCACAGCAGCAGCAGGCUGCUGGUGCAAGCAGCACGUACGUCAGAUGCCGGUGCGUACGAAUGCGUCCCCGACAACGCACAGUCUGCUUCCGUCAGGGUUCAUGUAUUGACUGGUGAGUCACCAGCAGCGAUGCAGGGAAGUGCCCAUUGGAUCCAAAAUUACACACUUUAUUUUACACUACGCCUUAUCGGCAUGUUGUAUAUAAUUAAGUGGUUGAUUCCAGUCAUCGUCAAAUAA